AUGUGGGCUAUAUCGUUUGGCCCGCUGAUUAAACCAUUGCUUCUUGGCAAAAUUUUAUAUGCACCGGCAACACCUGUUUCUAAUGCAAUUAUUGCCAAGGUAAACAAAACAUUCGAAGAAUUGGAUAAAAUUCAUCAAUUUGCCAAAGCUUGGGUCACUUCACCACUUAAUCUAACUGCUCUAUUCGGCGAUCUACAAAAUACUAACAAUAUCAAGAAAGUUUUAUCGAAUCAUCUAUUUCAAGAAUUGUUUAAUAAUAUUAUCGGAAUGAAUACAUUUGAUAUGGAAUCAAUAAUUUCAAUGUUAGAAAAUUUCAGUGGUGGAACUAAUGUUGAUGUUUUGAAAAAUAUUGAAAUAAUCAUGAAACAAUUUAGUGAUUAUUUGCCUUGUAUUGAAUUGAAUCGUUUUGAAGCACUUGAAUCAGAAGCUGAACUUGUCGAACGUGCAAAAGAAUUACAUCGAAAUCGAAUGGUUAUUGCUGGAAUUGUUUUUCCAAAUUUAAAUAGUUCAAAUCCUAAUGCAAAUUUUCUUCCACCACAUCUUCAUAUUAAAAUUCGUAUGGAUGUUGAUAGUGUACGAACAACAGAACAGUUAACAAGUUGGCUAUUUUUUCCGGGUCCCGAAAAUGACUAUUUUCGUGAAAUGCAUUAUUUACGAGGAUUUAUUCAAUUACAAGAUCUCGUUGAACGUGCUAUCAUUGAUUUACAUUUUGAAGAUACUGGUAAAAACACAUCAAAUCCUGUAGUUUAUAUGCAAUUAAUGCCCUAUCCAUGCUAUCGUGGUGAUCCCGGAAAAGAAUCAUCGUAUGUUAAUUAUUUUAUUUUACCAAUUUUGGGGACAUUAAUGUGGACAGCAACAUUGGGUGUAUCAAUAAAAAAUCUGAUGCGUGAACGUGAAAGAAAUGUCGAACAAACAAUGAAAAUUAUGGGCCUUAAUUCAACUAUUAAUUUUAUUUCUUGGUUAAUUAGUUCAUAUAUACCGAUGAUAUUCGUGUCAAUUAUUGUUGCUAUUGUUCUUAAAUAUGGUGGCAUUUUUCCAGCAUCGGAACUUACUGUAACAGUAACACCAUUGCUUACUCUUGCUCUGUCAGCAUUAAUGCUUGGGUAUUUAGUGAGUGCUUUUUUUACCAAGGCAAAUUUAGCUACAUUGUGCGGCAUACUAAUCUAUUUUAUCUCUUAUCUUCCAUUUAUUCUUGUUAUGUUUCUCGAAGCUAAAAUGCAAUUAGUUCAUAAAAUCUUAAUCAAUCUAUCGAGUGCAACAGCAUUUGGCUAUGCAUCAAUAUAUUUAACACGAUUAGAAUAUCAAGGUGAAGGUAUUCAAUGGAAUACAGCUUUUAAAACUAUAUUUCCUAAUGAUCAAAUGAAUUUUGGUGUUGCUUGUGUCAUGAUGUUUGUCGAUUCGAUUAUUUAUGGUCUUAUUGGAAAUUAUAUUCUUUCGGUGAUGCCGGGUAAAAAUGGUCGUAAAAAACCAUUUUGGUAUCCGUUCUUACCAUCGACAUGGUGUUUUUGUAAGAAAUCAGAUCGACACGAUGGAUUCGGUUCAGCAUUUCGUAUUGAACGUGAACAACAACCAAAUCCAUUUACUACUCGAAUGAAACAAAUCGAUCCAAAUAAUGAAUUAGAACCAACCAAUUUAACUGUGGGCAUUGCUUUUGAAAAUUUAUCAAAACAAUUUGGUGAAAAUAAAAAAGCUGUUGAAAAUUUAUCAUUAAAACUUUAUGAAAAUCAAAUCACUGCUUUACUCGGACAUAAUGGUGCCGGAAAAACAACUACAAUUAGUGUAUUAACUGGAAUUUAUCCUCCGACAAAUGGUUCAGCAAGUAUCUAUGGUCGAGAUAUUACAACAGACUAUGAUCAAAUAAGAAAAAAUGUUGGUUUAUGUCCACAAGAAGAUAUUUUAUUUGAUUUUAUGACUGUUCGAGAACAUUUACAAUUCUACGGCCGUCUAAAAGGAAAUAUGAGUUCGAAAGAAUUAGAGAGAGAUGUAAAUGAACUUCUAAGUAGUAUGGGCUUGUGGACAUUUCAACAUGAACGUGUUUCAUCGUUGUCUGGUGGUGUACGACGACGAGUAGCUGUUAGUAUUGCAUUCGUAGCUGGCUCACGAACAGUUAUUCUCGAUGAACCAACAUCAGGCGUUGACCCAUGUGCAAGAAGAAGUAUUUGGGAAGUUAUAUUUAAACAUAGAACUGGUCGAACUAUUCUAUUAACAACACAUUAUUUGGAUGAAGCUGAUACGCUAAGCGAUCGAAUUGCUAUUAUUCAUCAAGGUCGAUUAUUAUGUAGUGGUUCGUCCAUGUUCUUGAAAAAACGUUUCGGCAAAGGCUAUAGUUUAACAGUGGAUUUAAAACUUAAAGUACAAAAUAAAAUUAAAGUCGUUGAAAGUAAACAAUUCAAAGAUCUUAAUACAUUUAUAUUACAAGAAAUACCCGAUGCAACUUUACGCGAACAGAUAGGCAGUGAAGUAACAUAUUCAUUGAAACAUGAGCAACGACAAAAAUUCGAACGAUUAUUUAAACAAAUUGAAGUUAAUAAAGAGCGACUAGCUAUUGGAAAUUAUGGUUUAUCCGAUACAACACUCGAAGAGGUUUUCCUAUGGGUAACAGAAUUAGCUGAUCAAGGUAAAAUGGACGAAUUAAAUGAUGUAACAACCGCACGAAAAAUUGGUGAACCAACACAAAUCUCAUCAUCGAACAGUGAUGAUAGUGGUCUCGGUGGAGAAUCAAAUGCCACAAUGGAUGGUAUUUCAAUAAUAAGUGGAAGUAGUACACAAUUGCCAACAUCAACUGCAAAUUUAACUCCUGAAAAACAUGCUAAAAUCACCGGUCGUAAACUAUAUUUUAGUCAAUUUCAAACAUUAUUAUUAAAACGUUUUCAUCAUACGAAACGUAAUUGGAAAGUAUUUCUUUCUCAUAUUCUUCUUCCAUUAAUAUUUGUUGCUAUGUCAAUGGGCUUUACAUUAUUACGUCCAUCGCAAAUCUUUCAACGGCCAUGGCUAUUAACACCGGCUAUGUACGAAAAUUCGGCAAUGUUUGUUAAGUAA